UGGUCUUCAUGUUGCAAGCUGCAACCUCUUCCAGAUUGUGUUUUACGUCUCAAAGCAACAAAUUAAGGAGAGAAAACGAUGGAUUUCCCAACUUUUCAAGAGUUCGAUAAAGACAAAACAUACAUAUGUCCGUACAAUAAACACCAUGUGAUUACGGGGAAAAUAUAUCCACUUCAUCUGGCGAAAUGCAGAAGGCAAUAUACGGGAAGAGCAUUCAAAAUAUGUCCUUUUAAUACUCGCCAUGAGAUACCAGCUCCAGAAUUUGAAUACCAUCUACACUCAUGCCCAGACAAGUUUGUCAUGGAGAAGGAAUGCCGUCAAUCAUCUGUGACGAAUGUAGUGCCUGUUACAUAUGACCAAAACACCUUCAGCUCUGCUGAAGACUGGGAAGAAGAGACUACAAGCACAACUUUCUCUCUGUGGGAGGAUAGUAUUGAGAAUCCUUUUGCUGCCGUUGAAGCUUAUCAAGAUAAUCUUUUAGUGAACAUCGAGCAAAAGAAACCAAUGAAAAGUACAUCAGGACUCACGAAAACGCAAAAAAAGAAUGAAAAACGUGCAGAAAAAAGACGGGAGAAAAACGCAGCGAAUGCAAGCAGUGAACACGAAAACUACAACCAUCUCCACGACAACAACGAAAACGGUAGUUUGGAUGACGAGGAUACACUUGGAAAGAUGGCGAGGGAAUAUUCUCCUCCUGGUCGUGCAUAUUCGUCCAAUUCUGCGUUUGUUGAUUGGGUGAGCAUACUUAACAUUUAUUGUCAAAAGCACAAAAUCAACCAGCCGCAGUAUAAGGAAGAUAAAACACGUUUUGGUGGAUUUGGCUACUGUGUCGCAGUUGGGGUUAAAAAAUUUUGGACUGGCUCCUACUGCUCAACGAAGAAAGACGCCAAGCAUAGUGCUGCGCGGUCCGCCCUCCUUGGCUUGAACGUCAGUGUUUCCACACCAGAUCCAUGCAGAGCACCGCACAUGGCGAGCGACUACGAGCGUGCGCAACAAUUGGCGCAAAAUGCUCAAAUCUUGCAAUCGAAAAUUACUCCUCAAAACCGCAUCAUACCUGGUCAUAAUCCCACCAAUGUGCAGGCCUCUCAAUCGGACAUUAGUAAGACAAUCGCGGCAACUGAAAGCAAGCUGAAGAAAGUGGUUAUCAAGGAAGAAAAUGAAGAUGACGGAUGGCAAGUGGCUGGUAGAAAACGAGCAACGAAUCAGGAUUAUCUAAAGUUGGCUGGGAUGGGGCGUGGCAGAGGACGACGCUGGCGUUCUUGACGAUUUGUCAGAUGCAUUAGAGACAGUCUUUUUUACUUUUCUGUUAAGAUGCACGAAAAAUUCACGUUUAGAUAGGUUUUUCCAUCGUUCGCAAAGUUGGAAAUUGGGUUGAGGGGAGUUCUGUUCUCACUCCAGUGACGCGAAGAUCAGAAACGUCGUUGUCAUGUGACAAGACAUGUGAUCAAUCCGAUAAGGUGGCAAAAUUUUAAAGAGAUAUUAUUUUAUUUCACAACGACAGAUCAUGAACAUGUUUAUAAAAACUUGUGUGAAAGAUAUUCACAACACUAGGAUAUAUGUUUUUAAUUAUAUUUCUUACUGUUUUCAA